AUGAGGAGCCUCGUUUUUUAUUCUCUCGCGUUACUCGGACUUUGCGAGGCAGCCAUAUACGGAAAUGCUCAGAACGAGCUCACCAGCCUGAUCCCUUUGGGAAACGGCACAAUUUGCUCAAAUCCUCGGCCAAACUCAUGCACAUUCUACUCCCAAUGUCUCGAGGCACAGGAGCAAUGCGGCCCUAAUGGCUAUCCGAUCGGCUACGGUCUCCACUAUUGCACGCUCUUCAUCAACGUGCGGUCGGAAAUGUCCGAGAGCGGCCAGGCGUGGAUCACGAAUACCAUGCUGUGCCUGCAACGCGACCUUAUUCAGUACGGCACAGGCGCGAAGUCGACAACCUGCGCUGGCCUGAAGGAGUACGCAUUUGGGACACAUCCGCGCUGCUACGUCGACAAUGGCGUGUGCAAGCUGCCACCAUCGGACUGGGUCAUCGUCGUCAAAACGAUUAGCUUGCGGGAGCUGUUUGGAAGCUGGGACGCUUUAAAGCAGGUAUUGGAGACGGCGGAUGGUUGCGCGGAGUUUUAUUCGUGGCUGAUCGAGAACGAGGUCUCAUCAAUGUCUUGA